AAUCUUGCCCGUAAUGAAAGGUUGUUAUAGCGACGUAAGAGGAGUUACGUUGGCAAGCCUGGAGGUGAUGUAAACAAAACAUGGCUGAGGAAGAGGAGGCGAAAAUCUUCCGCAAUGCCGGUGGUCCGCAUGGCCUGGGUGACCCCGAGGACCGGUCACUACGGAAGGUGGAGAGAGAAGUGUGCAUUCCCAAGAAGAUGAGAGACAUUGCCAGACAGGAGAAGUGUACUGCUGAAGUGGAGGACUUCACCCAGUGUUGCAAGGCGUCGGGGUUGGCAAUGGUGAUGCUGUGCAGCCAACAGAACAGCACACUCAAAGCUUGUCUCACUAAAUGGUACCAAGAUGAAGAAUUUAAGAAGAGAUGUACGGAAGAGUUUUUGGCGGAGAGAAGAGAAUUUAGAAGAACAGGACUGACUAAGAAGGCAAGACUAGCACUGGAGGAAGAGGCAAAAGGCUGAUGGACACACACACGCAAACACCCUGCCUCCUUGUAAUAUUGCCCCUGUCAUUCUGCCACGCUACACAGCCAAGCCCUGUCUCACUUUGCCUCACUCACUCUGUUUUGCUGUUAUCUAUCUAUCAGUCUGUGUGUGUGUGUGUGUUUGAGGGUGUUAGUUCCACACAAGGCAGCCCAAACACACACACACACAGUCCCCUGACACCACAGCAAGGCCCCACAGCACACACUGGCCCACCACAUCUGUCCCCUUCACAAUGAGACCACCCUGUACCCUGAUACCACAGCAAGGACACACAGCAAGGCCACACAGUAAAACACCUCAAAUAAACUUCUAUAAACAAAAGAUGAGUUAGUGAUAAUAAUAAUGAUAGAAAUACAAGAAUAGAUAAGGAUUUGUAUAUAUGUAAGCCUGUGUAUGUGUGUAUAGGCAGGUUUGAGAGGCUGUGUAGGUAUGCAGAGUUGACUUAGAGAAUUAUUAAUGAAGUUUGUGUAUAUUUUAUUUUUUGUGUGUGUAUUUAGAAUGUAUGUUGAAUGUUGUAAAGGGUUUGGAAGUGUG